AUGUCCACCCGUAUGGCCGACGAGGUCGUGUACUUGCUGGACACCGACAACGAGGAGCAGCCCGUGAACCCCGCACCCAAGCGGCCACGGGUGGCGCCCGACGCGGCGAUGAUGUUUGGCACACCCAAAUAUGAAAUCCCAAUAGCGGAGGAAACCCGGGAGUUUGCCGAUGUAUCGACAACGUGGUCUCCCGAAGUUGUUCCCGACGCCCAAGACCGGGUGAAGACGCCGUUGCCCGCGCCAUCUGACUCGAUAGUGGUGAUUGAGCUGGACGAUGAACCCGAGCUUCCGCCGCCGCAACCACAGGAUGACGAUGAUAUCAUCUUUGCCAGCGAUGACGAGCAUAUCACGGCUCUUCCCAUUAAUGAUGAUGGCGACUCCUACAAUGAUCAGUCGUCUUUCUUAGCGGAUCUGGAUGGCGAUAUCGUUCUCCGCGAUGCCUCGCCUGUCAACGUACACCACGUGGUGCUGGAUGUUGAAGAAAGCGACGACGAUAUUGUCGAGAUUAAUAGUGCCGAUGUUGACCCGCUGAAAUUUAAACUGAUUCUGUGGGCACCCGAGGUUGAUGAGGGAGAGGUGGAGGAUCCAGACUCAUCCUAUCGCCAGGAUUCUUCUUUCCGACAAGACUCGUCAGUCACCCCUCAACCUGCCCCAAACCCCCAACAGGAACAGAUCCAGCGUGAAGUGGCCAACCGCAUUGAGGGGUACCAGCAGAACCGUCUGUUACUUAUCCAAGGUGUGAACCAAUGGCAUCAAACACUUGCUAAUCUCAGAACCUUCCAACAACGUAUGUUCGAACGUUUUCGUCAUUUGUCGCAGUCCUAUCUGCAAGGCAAUCUCGAGGCCAAAGAUGAAAUACAACAGGUACAGGCACAACUUCACUACGCCAAGAAUGAAAUCAAGCAAAAAGAGUCUCUCUUGGAGAGUUCACGCAAGCGGUUGUUUGAAGUCGAUCAGAUCAUCCACAACCUCCGCACGUCUCAACGACUCCCUUUUGCUUACUCUGCCGCGCCGGCAGUUGCCCUUCACCACCGUCCCAUCGUCAACAGUAACGUUUACGAUGGUGGCUUAGGGUUAAAGGAGGAUGUUGAUCUUCAGACGUUGCUCGAUAAUAUCCGUUCAGAUGAAGACCUGGAAGAAGGUCUUGAAGUCACUCCCAAGGAGAUGAAUGUUCUGUUAUUGAAACACCAGCGCAAGGGGUUGACGUGGAUGCUUCGCAUGGAGAAAGCUCGGAAUCAAGGUGGCAUUUUGGCCGACGAUAUGGGGCUUGGGAAAACUAUUCAGGCGAUUGCUCUCAUCGCUCGCAAUAAGCCAGAUGCGAAGGUUGCUUGUAAAACUACCCUUAUCAUUGCCCCAGUCUCGUUGUUACGUCAGUGGUCUGAGGAAAUCAAGCAAAAAAUCAGAGUUGAACAUCUGAUAUCGGUUGGAAUAUUCCAUGGGAACACUCGCAAAUCGCUUUCACUGUUUGCUCGUUUCAAGCGGUACGACGUCAUUCUCACGCUGUACUCGACACUUCAAAACGAAUUUAAACGCCAUUAUGCUGCCGAACUUAGCAAGGCUAAGGAGGAAGGGCAAGCGUCUUCGUGGUUACCAUCCCGCUCCGAUAAUUUGAAUGGCACUCGUAAGUACGAACUGCCCUUUUUCGGAUCCGGUAAAACGUUCUUCCGCAUUAUUCUCGACGAAGCCCAAUACAUCAAGAACAAAAACACCAUUCAACUGCGGGCAGUUGCACUGUUAAAGGGUUCAUAUCGGUUCUGUUUGCUGGGUACGCCGAUGCAAAACAGCAUCGAUGAACUUUAUCCAAUUUUGAGAUUUUUGGGUAUUCGACCUUACUGUUUCGAAGACAAAUUUCGGGUUGACAUUGCUUUGCCCUUGAAAUCGAGAAACAGACAGUAUGACGAUUACGACCGUGAGCUGCUGAUGAAGCGUCUUCGAGCAUUAUUAGCAGCAAUCUUAUUGCGGAGAACGAAGACGCUGACUAUUGAUGGCAAACCAAUUCUUGAAUUACCCAAGAAGCAUUUGAAUCGCCUUGACGUCCAGUUAGAGAAGGAGGAGAGUGAAUUCUACAAACGGGUCGAAUCCAAGAUCCAAAUGAGCGCCCGUAAAUUACUCGGGAAGGCUCCUGUUGAAGGUCUGAACGGAAUUUUGGCUUUAUUGACAAGAUUACGGCAAGCAUGCUUGCACCUGUAUCUUAUCGAAAUUGGUGAAUAUCGUCGUCAGCAACUGGAAGAGGCAUCGAGAUUUAUCAAGCAAUGGCAACACAAUUUCACCGGUCUUUAUGACGUCACCAGCAGCAUGGAACCUCGGGCUGUUGCGAUAGUAUCCGACCAAUUAAUUUCCCCGAAGAAGCCGAAGGGUGAAGAUGAAGACACAAUGUUACCGGGUUUUAAUAAUGUCAAACACGAUCUUUCUGAGGCACCCUUGACGCAAGCAGGUUUGAAGUCAGACCAAUUCGACGUGUUCUUGGACUCAAAGGAGAUUAAAACUGAUUCAAUUGAGUCGACUCUGGCGCAAGCUGAGCAGUUUCCAGUUAAGCCAGAACUUGAGUCCGAUGAGACGGAGUUGGCUGACGUACGUUGUCCAAAUUGCAAUAAUUGGUACACGCCUGGCCAGGAUACCGUGAUUGUUCACCGCAAAUGUGGUCAUAUAUUUUGCAUCGACUGUGUCCAAUUGUUAUUUGAAGACUCGGGUGAGUCGACUUACAAAUGUCCCACAUGUACUGAACAGGGAACCUCGGGGAAAAUGGCGGAUGUUGCCGUUCGCGAUUGCAUCGACUUCCGGAUCUACGAUUUGGUAUGGAAUCAGCAAAUGCCGAAAGAGCAAUUUGAUAUGAAUUGCAAACUCUGGUGGCUGAAGCUGAAGCGGGUGCCUAUCGACACUAUCAUAGACACAGUGAUUGCUGAUCAUGAUGGCGCUUUCCCCACUCUGGCGAAGAUGACUCAGUGCAUCAACAAGGUGAAAGAAAUCUUUGAAAAGUAUCCCGGUGAGAAGAUAAUCAUUUUCAGUCAAUUCACCACGUUAUUCGACUUAAUGCGGCGCAAGUUGGAUGACAACGAAAUCAAGUAUUUGCGUUACGAUGGCUCAAUGUCGGUUGAUGCUAAGAACGAUACUGUCAAGCGGUUCUACCAGGAUGAUCAGUAUAAGGUGAUGUUCCUUUCGCUUAAAGCGGGUAAUGUGGGGUUAACUUUGACUUGUGCCUCCCACAUUAUUAUGAUGGACCCUUUCUGGAAUCCAUAUGUCGAGGAUCAAGCAAUGGAUCGUGCUCACCGUAUCGGUCAAACACGUGAGGUCCACGUACACCGUCUUUUCGUCUCGGGUACGGUGGAGCUGAGAAUUUUGGAGUUACAGGACCACAAGCGAGAGCUCAUCGGAGCUGCGAUGAGUGAGAGUGGUCUCCAAACAGUGGCGAGAGCGUCGAAGCGCGAGAUUGGUUUCCUUUUUGGUUUGAACAACUUGAAGGAAUGA